CAGUACAAAUGGUAAAAUUGUUGGAUCUCUGUCAGCAAUGGAGGGCUCCUUGACAACUUGUAUCGCUUUUGAAAACGAUUACAUUCCGUAAGCUCCCCAAUGUGGAGAUCGACGAUGUGUGAAGGGCACGAAUGUGUAUUUGUUUAGAGAAACCGAGAGUCUUCUUUCUUGUUGAUGAGGUAAAAGAGUGUCUGUAUUUUGAAGCACGGCAAUGGCGAUAACUAUGCCAAAAAAGGGGGUUUUCAUUUAAGCCUGGCUGUGGGGCUGUGGGGCUGCAGGGUACUAUGAACAGACUGGAUGACCGUUUUGCCCAUUCAUGACUCUCUCUCUCUCUCUCUCUCUCUCUCUCUCUCUCUCUCUCACCCACCUCCAAAAGUAAAAGAAUCUAAUUCCGCUACGUUAAAAAAGUAAGAAAGCAAUGAGACUUAACUUUGCGACUGUUGACCCUCUUCUACUUGGAUCACAAAUACCCAGAAAACAAGUUUCCAAAAAUGGGUGUCGACCGUUUGAUCCGCAGGAUCAGGCUUAGUCUUCUUCCCUGGCUUCACAAAUCUCCUCCUGGCCCAAUAUUGUUUGUGAGGCACUUGUCAUACAAAGAUAUAAAGAAGGCGACAGAUGGUUUUCAUAGAAUCAUUUAUUGCAAUUCUCAUGGAACUGCUUAUAAGGCCAGAUUCCAAGACGGUGGGGUUGCUUUGGUAAAAGAAGUUACAGCUUUUAGUCAAGAAUUAGAUGUCUUCUACAGAGAGGUGCAACUCCUGGGCCGCUUGCAUCACCGCCACCUUCUUCCACUCAGAGGGUUUUCCACCGGAAAUAAGAGGGUGCUCAUUUUUGACAGCAUAGAAAAUGGAAGCUUGAAGGAGCAUCUUAGCGAUCCUCUUAAGACUCCCUUAAAUUGGAGGACAAGACUACAAAUAGCCAUUGGUGUAGCAGCUGCAUUGGAAUAUUUGCUUCUCUUCAGUGACCUCCCGAUGUAUCAUGUCUCCAUUACCUCAAGCAGUAUCAUGUUAGAUGAAAAUUUUACAGCAAAACUAUCUGAUGUUAGCCUUCUUAGUUCCGGUGGAAAUUACGUUACAGUGCCUCACUCCUCGAGUUCAGAAGAAUGUGCGGUUCAGGAACGUGGUAACCUUAUACUCCAGCUUGGUGUGCUAAUUCUGGAGCUUAUUACUGGUCAAUGUUCAGAAGAGGGAGGUGCUGAUCUAAUCCAAUGGGUCCAAGGAUCUCGCUUUGCUAGUUCCAUGCAUCAGAUGAUAGACCCAGAUCUUGGAAAUGACUAUAACUCUAGUGAGCUUAAAAAGCUUCUGGCUGUAGCAACAUUGUGUCUUAAAUCUGGGGAUAAACCAAUGUUUUCUAUUCCACAGAUACUUCAUUAUGUCCAGAAGAAGUUAGAUGUUUCACGUGACUAAUAUUUUCGUUGUCCAUUUUACUUCACACAAAAUAUUCAUAUUUAUUGGAAAUUGAUUUAAUUUU